UGGGAACGACAAGGGGACAUUGCCGCUGCACUUGACGAAGGUCGUCACGUGGUUGUCGAUCGUUACAGCUAUUCGGGCAUUGUGUACACUGCGGCCAACACAACUCCGCUAUCAGAAGUGGAUUGGGCCUGGUUUCGUGCAACGGAGUCCGACCUGGUAAAACCAAAUGUGAUACUAUGCCUGACUCCGGAGGACAUGGUCGAAAUCACGGCUCGCGAUGGAUUCGGACAACGGCCUUCUGAGAAUGCUUCGUUUCAGUCUCGUGUCCUCAUGUAUUACAUUCGUUUAUCCAGAGAAUUGGAAGGAGAACCAGUAAAAUCGAUUGAUGGACGAGAGCAGUCGGAGAAAAUUGACUGUGAAGAGCCUGUUGGUAGGAAACCCAAAUUGUGGAAUUGGAUUCAAGCAACCGGACAGACCAUUGAUGAAAUUCAUACUUGUAUUAUGGCUAUCUUAGACCCAUUGUUGUAA